AUGGAGGAAGAAAAUUCUUUUGCACAGAGAUUGAUUGUAGUAGAGAGCUCCCAUCCUCUCUACUUGAGUCCUUCCGAUAAUCCUGGGACAAAUCUGGUAUUCUCUCCCUUCGAUGGAUCUGGAUAUGCAGAUUGGAGAAAAUCUAUGUUAAUUUCAUUGUCAGCUAAGAAUAAACUAGGGUUCAUUAAUGGAAAAAUUACAAAACCUAGAGAUGAUUCACCUUAUUUGGAUAUAUGGACUAGAUGUAAUGACAUGGUAAUGGCAUGGUUGCUCAAUUCAUUGACAAAAGGGAUACGAUCCAGUGUAUUACACUCCAAAUCUGCAAGAGAGAUAUGGAAGCAACUUGAGGACAUGUAUGGACAAUCUGAUAUUGCACAACUUUUUAGCUUGCAAAAGAGACUUUUAGAGACUCUACAAGGUUCACAUGAUAUAGCUUCAUAUUUCAAUAGUAUGAAUGCAAUUUGGGAUGAAUUAGAGGCAUUAGAAGCAAGGGUUUCAUGUACUUGUGUUGAGUGUGUUUGUGACGCAAAACAGAAAAAUAAGGAACUUGAUGAUAGACAGAAAUUAGUGCAGUUUUUAAUGGGACUUAAUGAAACCUAUACUACCUGUAGAGGGAACAUUAUGAUGAUGUAUCCCACACCAAGCAUUGAUAAGGCCUACUCACUUCUUCUUCAAGAGGAAAGACAAAGAUCAAUACAGCCUUUGGUUUCUUCUCCUUUAGAGUCCAGUUCCUUUAAUGCUUCUGCACAAAAGAUGGGAAACUACUUAGGGCAAAGAAAAUCAAAUUUCACUACAUAUCCUGGUAAUGGAAACAAGUUUGGUAUGCAUAAAGGAAAUGAGAAAAACAAUCUUUUCUGCACAUAUUGCCAAAAACCAGGUCAUACAGUUGAGAGAUGCUUUAAAAUUCAUGGUUAUCCAACAAAUUUCAAACCUAACAAGCCCAGAAGGUUUCAAAAUCAGCAUACUGUACAGAGUAAUGCAGUGUGUACUGAAGGAGAGCAUUACAGUAAUCAAGGAAUGACAUAA